GCCUACAAACCAUAUCUACGUGUGUACGCCAAAAAUUGGAGGAUUCUAAAAAUAGUGGUAGAAAGGGGUUAACUUUGAGAUUUAAACUUCAGUUGGCAUUCGUCUGUUGCUUUGUUCUUCACUGUAUGGCAAACGGUGAGGAAGUUAUCACUAGCACUUGUUCGACUAAAUAGUACCUGGAACAUACCUUGCACUUGAGAAAAAAAUUAAGAUAACCAAACAAAAUCUCAACAAUAGUGCUAAUAGGUGAAAAUUUGUGAACAUAGAACGGUAAUAAGAUGGCUUCCUCAACACCACCAGCUUCAGUACCUCCACCACCUCCACCGCCAACCACUACAGCGGGUAAAGGAUUCCCCAAUAAAAUCUACAAUGCUCUAGUCAACUCAGCGGACAAGUAUGUGCCCGAUAAGAUGCGUCCCUUGUGGCAGCAUCCGGCAGGACCCAAAACAGUCUUCUUCUGGGCACCACUUUUCAAAUGGUCUCUUGUCAUAGCUGGUCUUAGCGAUUUGGCGCGUCCGGCUGAAAGCCUUUCGGUACCACAAUGUGCCGCACUCGCUGCUACAGGUAUCAUUUGGUCGCGCUACUCAUUGGUUAUCAUUCCCAAGAACUACAGUCUCUUCGCGGUCAAUUUGUUCGUCGGCUUAACACAGGUCAUUCAACUGGGGCGCGCAUACAUGUACCAAAUGGAGCAGAACAAAUUGACAGCCGGUGAAGGCCAACAAGCAGUUGAAAAGAAAAAGGAGUUGUAAAUGACAAUAAUUGUGAUUUGUAUAUAACAACCCACACGCACACACAUACCUAUGCCUGAAAAUAUUAUGAAUCGCCUAACAUACUGACAAUAGUAAUUAUGCGAUCAACUUUCGACAUGUACAUACGAACACAUAUAUAAUAAUUUCAUACGUAUCUGCACGCAUGCUAAUCAAAGACGAGCAAAGGAGCAACCAACAGCACAAUUUAAGGAAAACAUACCUACAUAAGAUAUAAAUUGUUCUUAAAAAUAUGAAAUCGGUGCUAAUGGUGUUAUAUUUUAUUGCUGCAUAUAUGUAUAUUGUAUUUUGAUUACUUGCACAUAUGUACAUACAUAAAUAAUUAUAUAAAUAAUUACCUAUUUACCUAAUUACUCGCUUUGAAUCACCGAUUGGCCAGUAAAUGUAUUCAAGUAGACAUAUGCAUGUGUAUGAAUGUAUGGAAGUAUAUUGGUAAUUCGUUUAUUAUUAUAUAAUACACGUACGAAGAAAUGGUGAUAUUAUUAAGUAGUGAAUUGUAAAAUAAAUAUGUAAUAGUUCUAUGACAUUGUGACUUUAAUAAAUCUGAAUUUAUUUUGAAAUAAAACUAUCGCUAAGGUACAAUCAAAAUGCCGAUCACGAAUAGCAACAACUAUUAAA